AUGCAAAAGAAUAAACGGCAAAAUCGUGGACCAUUACGGGCUAUCUCGAAUAUUCUACCCACUGCUACAUCAUGUCAAACAGUGAAAUAUCCAGAGUUGGUUGAUAAUAAGGAGAAGACAGAUAGCGAAAUAGAUUAUGGAAAUGGAACGCAUUUAACAAUGGACAAUAAUGUAUCAACACCAGUACUUCGUGUAUCAUCAGGGAGACUGUCACUGACAAAGACUUCUCAAUCAAGAUAUGACGUCCUACCAAUGCCUUUACGGUCAUCAUCGUAUCGAUCUGAUAAGCAGAACGUUAACACUUCCAAGUCAGACAUCCGUCGACACUUUCCCAUUCGAACCGGUGCUUCCAAACUUUCCUUUCACGAAAAGAGUCCCACUAAAGCUUUUGAAACCACCUUUGACUCAUCACUGAACACUUCUGUAAAUGGAAGUACCUCUCUGGAGUCUUUAUCUCCAAUCGCUAAUACAACACGUAAACGUCACCUUAGUACUUGUCAGGUCAUCACAGAACCAAAGCAGCCUCGCUACACUGACAGUUAUAAGUCUGUUCGGUUAGGAAACGACAGUGACGCAAUUUUCAUGGCCAUGGGUGCCGAAGUGAAGACACAUCCUAGAUAUUGUCUGAGAAAGAGUGCAGGGGAUUUUGUUUUCCCCAAAAAUAUACAAGCCUCUCCUGAAAAUUCAAGGAAAAAUCUAUCGCCUAUUUGUCCAGUCCCAAUGCCAAGUGGAUUUCCCCUUCAGUUACCAAUUCGUUAUUCAUCUGUAUCAUUACCAUGGGAAAGAAAUGUUCACUCUCGAGCCAGUUUAUCGCGUACCGCAGAAACACAAACAUCUCCCACUGACUUGAGUAUGGUUUCGCAGAGUGGAAAACCAAAAGAAAGGCGACAUACUGGAAUCGGACUUCGAACAUCUGGUACAACUCAAGUACUUCAAAAUUUACGAAAAAAAUUCGGUAAUCUAAGGAGAGCAAUUAGUGCAGACCGAUUAAAUAAAAAUUCAUCUACACCAAGUGAAAUAAGAAAAGCUUGUCAUGAUUUGAAAUCACCUUCACAGACUCCCGAUAAAAAUGAUCCACUUGUUGCGAAUAUGAAGUCAGACACCAAUGUACAAACAGACGCCUCCUACAAGCUUACCUGUGAAGUUAUCCGAAAAAAUCCUGAUGGUUCAGUUCAAAUUUUAUUACGGCGUUCAUCAACAAAUGGACAGUUUGGAUUUUUCAUUGCUCGUGAUUCGAAAGGCAUUUACGUUAGUCGACUGGGAAGUGUUCGGUGUGCUGCUAAACUAUGGGAUGUAUUUCAUGUUGGUGACAGAAUUUUAGAAGUUCAGGGUAUGCCAUGUGCUAAUUUAGAUGUGGAAGAGGUUAGAAAUCUUAUACGGGGUUGCGAACUUGUUGAAUUUAAAAUUAAAUCCUGCCAUCAUUCCGAUUUCAAGUUUUCACAAAAAUGCCCAAUCAAACUGAGUCUUUCUUAA